ACCAAUAAUGCAACAUGUUUGCCGAGUGUAAACUGGAGGUUACUCAAUACGAUGAUGUGUUUUGAGUGUAGAACAUGUUAAGACAUUACUCGCAUGUGAAACUUAUAUUCAACAUUUAGUUCCCAACUCCAAAAUCUGGCAUUUUAAGACAUUACUUGUUGCUCCAUCUAUUUAGAGGAUAAUAUUCAACAUAAAUAAAUAAUGAUAUAUUCAAUUUUGAAUGACAUGUAUAUUAAAAUAGUCAAUAAAUUCAAGCAAAAUAAAUAUUUAGAUACUUAGAUAUACAUUUGUUGCUCCCUUAAAAAAACUAAUCUCAAAAUUUAAAAUUUGCUCUUGGAAUUUCAAAUAAACAUAAAGAUUUUAUUGCUUUUUUAUUGUUUGCCGAGUGUCUUCAAAAAACACUCGACAAGCAUAAACUUUGCCGAGUGUUUUUGUUUGCGGAGUGUAACACUCGCCAAAGUGUGUGUUGCCGAUUGUUAUUUUUUUUGCCAAGUGUUAUCGCCUAUACACUUGGCAAAUGACGUGUUUUUAUGUGCCCGAUGAAACACACCCUGCAAACAGCCCGACACUCCACAUACAAUGUAUUUUCCUUUGUGAAGAAAAUAAAUUAAAUAGGAAUAUUAAGUGAGCUGCCGAUCUUAUUAUGUGGUAUGUGGCUUGACCCUCUUAUUAGCUUCUGCAUGUGCUUCCAGGCCGAGAUCACACGAAAAAAGUACUAUGGAGCCACGUCCAGCAUUGAAGAGUACUUCCAUUUUGUGUAUGGGGAUGAUGCCACUGAGAUCAACUUAUCUCUGAGAGGGUUUUUACCCAAGGACAAUUGGACGAAAAGGCCACGAGGUCCUCGCAAGAAAAGGAAAUUCCCGUCGAACCCACAGUGCGUAGGACAGUUGCAUGUUGGGAGUAAGGGCACGAAAUCUCGAGGUAGAAAAAACAAUGAGCGAUGGACACCUGACGAGGUGACCAUACUGCUUAAAGGUAUCCGUAGAUAUGGUGAGGGGAAAUGGACAAAAGUGAAGAAAUGGUACUUCAGAAAAUCGGUUCGAACGGCAGUACAUCUGAAGGAUAAGUGGAGAAACCUACGCAAAGCUUGUGGAGGUCAGGUGUACCUCUCAAAAGUGGAAGACACAAAAUACUAUGUUCCAGCCGUUGGACGAAGAUUUGGUGUGACAGAUCAGAAAGCUAGCUAGGUCAUAGCCGGAUAACUGUUCAGCCUUUAGGCCGGUCCCAUGGUCAUCUGUUAAUAGUCGUACAUAAAUUUGUCAUGUCACUGAGAUAAUCUUUAGAUGAAAAAAUAUUUAACAUAGUGGAUCGUACUUUUACUGACACCAUCUUAGUCUAUUUGGAACAUGAGUGAGAAA